GAAUUUCGUAAACAAAACAAAAGCAAAAAUUAAAAUGUUAUGAAUUGGAAUCGAAUUUAACUUAAUUAAUUAUUAGUUAUUGAAGUUGGUGUUUGUGACAUUACUUUCAUAGGUACCGGUAGCCGACAAAAUCGUACAGGACAAACUCAACCACAAGUUUAAAUAUAUCACAAAGUCUCUGGAAAAGACAUUCACAAUGAAGAGAAAGGAAAUUGCAACCGAGGAAAGCUCUACAAGUAACCUAAAGAUUACUUUCAAAGAUCAAUCAGAUAUUGGUGUAAUAUCGUUGCAUGUAUUUGGUACUGAAUCACCAAAAACAAUUCUGGCGGUCGACCCGCUCUCAAAUGAAACAACUGAUCGAUCUAUUCUGGAGAACACAAGGGUAUGGGUUCAUAAGGUCCUGGACGGAAUCGAACCUCCAAUGAGAACAAUCCAAGUUGACAAUCGUCCUGGAAGACUAGGAUUACCUCAGGUUAGGUUUGACAGCACGGCACAGGUCGGCACCUUAGUCAUGAGCGCUGACCGCCUCUGCGCACAGGCGCAAAGCAACUUCAGUUCAGUCAAAGCAAACGUCUGUUUCUACUCUGGCAAGUGGCAGUAUGAACUGCAUCUGGAGAGUAAAGGUGUGAUGCAGCUGGGCUGGGCAAUGGCGGAGGCAGACUUUUCACCUGACACUGGAGUCGGUGACAGUAUCCAUUCGUUUGCUUACGACGGCAACAGACUACGCAAGUGGAACUUGGUUACGUCAGAUUACGGAGAAGCUUGGCAGGUCGGGGACAUCAUUGGCUGUACCAUCGACUUGGACCAAGGCGACAUACACUUUUAUAGGAAUGGGCGGAACUUGGGAAAGGCGUUUUCAUCCCUUGUACAAGGUCCUGGCUGUGUUUACUACCCUGCUGUCAGUCUGGCUUUUGAGGAGAAGAUACAAGCCAAUUUCGGCGCGUUGCCGUUUAAGUACCCGGUGGACGGAUACGAGCCAGCCCAACAGCCACCGGCCGCAGCUGUUCUCAGAACCAACCAGCUGCUGCACUGGCUGUUCCGCGCCUCCACCAUACCCAAGUACAAACAAGUCAUCAAGAAAACCAGCGACCUCAAGAGGAAAGAGUCACCGGAAGUAGCUGUUAUGAUGAUUUGUGAAAUUCUCGUGAAGCCUUUGUCAGAGCUACUCGGUCGGCCGUACAUAGUUGAAGCUUGCCUCGUGCCUUUUCUACAAGAUAUCACAGCUGUCACUGUGGAUAAGAAGAGCUUGCCCGCAAAAAGAUCGUUGGACAAACUGAAUUUUAUCUGCGACACCUUCAAUCUUUUUUACGAGCCGGACGACCUAAAAGACGUGAUCAACGCUGUGUGCAAGUGCCUUUUACAGAAGUGUAGCCAAACUUCAGUGUCUUUGGAUUACAGUAAACAGAAAAGUAGUUUGGUGUUGUUGGUGGACUUGCUUCACAACCGCAAUGUGCGGAUGACACUCUUGAAGCUGCCGGGAUUUAUAAAAAUAAGGCUACCAGAAUUCAUGGACCUGAGAGUAAUUGAUGUAACUGUACUCAAACAAUUGGUUCCUACUCCAUGGUGGCCUUCAGAUGAAGUUUUUGAGGGCAAGCAACUAACUGAUUAUGAAGACAGAAUGGAGAAAUACCUCAAUGUUUGCGAGACUAUCAAGAACAAAACUAUAGGAGAAGUGUGUAAGUGGCCAAAGGAUUUGGAAGUGGCUGGUAGGGAGUCGUUUAGGGGGGAUAUGAUGGGUGGUGGGAUAGUGAAUUGUAAAGGUGGAGUUGUUAAGGAAGAAAUACAUGGUGUAGAAGUUGGAGGUGGAGAUGCAGUUCUAGUGGCAGUAGGUGUUAGUAGAACAUCAGCAACAGUGCAGUCAGAGGAUGAGGAAGAGCUUGUAGAUGCAGAUGAAUCAGACGAGGUUGACUCCGAAGUAGAUGAACAAGACAAGUUUGUUUGUGAAGAUGAAGAUGAAGACAAUAUAUCUAUCAGCGGAGGAGAUUGA